AUGGCUUUAAGAAAGAAAAAUAGUCUUUUAAAUAUGGCUAAUUCAUAUGUUUUAGAUUCACCUCAACCAAGUAAUUUAAAUUACUUUUGAAAUUUUGGAUCUCUAUUAGCAUUAUGUUUAGUAAUACAAUUAGCAACAGGUAUUACAUUAGCAAUGCAUUAUACAUCACAUGCUAGUCUUGCUUUUGACUCAGUGGAGCAUAUUAUGAGAGAUGUUAAUUUUGGAUGAUUCAUUAGAUAUGCUCAUGCAAAUACAGCUUCAUUCUUCUUUAUAUGUAUAUAUGCUCACAUGGGUAGAAAUAUUUACUAUGGUUCAUAUAAAACACCUAGAGUUUUACCUUGAUCAAUAGGAGUAAUAAUCUUCUUAUUAUUAAUCAUAACAGCUUUCAUGGGUUAUGUAUUAGUAUUUGGUCAAAUGUCUUUAUGAGGUGCUACAGUUAUUUGUAACUUAGUAUCAGCUAUACCUUGAUUAGGGGAAGAUAUUGUACACUUCUUAUGAGGUGGGUUCUCAGUAGGUAACCCUACAUUACAAAGAUUCUUCGCAUUACAUUAUUUAAUGCCAUUCGUAUUAGCUGUAUUUGCUUUAUUACAUUUAAUUGCACUACAUACUGCUGGUUCUUCAAACCCAUUAGGUAUUACAUCUAAUGUUGAUAAAUUAUCAAUGCAUCCUUAUUACAGUUUUAAAGAUCUUAUCACAGUAUUCGCAUUCUUAUUAAUGUUUACAUUAUUUGUAUUCUUCUCACCUGAUAAAUUAGGUCAUCCAGAUAAUUAUAUCCCUGCAAAUCCAAUGGUAACUCCAGCAUCGAUAGUUCCAGAGUGAUACUUAUUACCAUUCUAUGCUAUUUUAAGAGCUAUUCCUGAUAAAUUAGGAGGUGUUAUAGCAAUGGUUGCAGCUAUAUUAAUAUUAUUAAUAUUACCUAUAGUAGAUAGAUCUAUAAUUAGAGGUAAUGCAUUUAAACCAAUUUCUAAAUUAUUAUUUGGUUUCUUUAUAUGUAAUUUCUUAUUAUUAGGAGUAUUAGGACAAGUACAUAUUGAGCCUCCAUUUAUAGUAUUAGGACAAAUAUGUACAAUAUUCUAUUUCUCAUAUUUCUUAAUAUUAUUACCUAUGGUAUCUACAAUAGAAAAUAUAUUCUUCUAUAUAGGAAGUUUAAGAAAAUAG